AUGACUUCCACAUCGAAAGCGUGGGACCACUCGGUCGACGAAAGAAUCGGGCACAUUGCCAAAGGCCUCCACAACAACCCCAAAUUCAGCCAAAAGGAAGUCCCAGGUCUCCAAGCUCUUCUCGAUGACGACAUCAACGACGACGUAGACGUCGACUACGUCCAGUUCCUCCGCAGGCUGCUUCAGGUCUUCAAGGACUCGAAAACCGAUGGGGUAUUCUCCAACAUUCUCCACAAGCACACUGACGAUGAGCAAAAGCGCAUCAAGAGGUUCCUCGCCGGCGAUGAUCCCAAGAAGAUCAGCGAUGGCUUCCAUAUGGGACCGAGUCUGGGGUGCCGGGAGGAGCUGGCGAGACUGCAUGAGGCGGACUGCGUUAUCCAGGUUGGUGCGCAGGGUAUCAAGAAGCUCAAGGAGCCUAUCCAUGCGCUUGCUGUUAAGGAGAGGAACUUCAUCGAGGGUAAUAAGGACGAGCUGCGUCAUCAGGUAUAUUACAAGACGGAGUUCCAGAAUUGGGGUCUGACUGUCAAGAACGUCCCGGCGCUCACCUGUGUGCCGAAGACAUCUCAGGAGGUCCAGCUUAUUGUCAAGUAUGCAAAGGCCCACAACAUGGGCGUGCGAUGCUCAGGUUUCCGUCACUCGUGGUCUCCAGUCUUCGCAGAGAACGGCUACGUUCUCAUUUCACUCCUCGGUCUUCACGAGGUCACCAAGGUGCCCAACAUCACGGCCCUCCCACUCCCAGAGCCCGCCGCCAACGACCUCCAAACAAUCAGCAUGGUCUCCGAAAAGCCCCUCGAGAACGGCAACUACCUCGUCAGAGUCGGCACCGCUUGCACAAACGGGAGACUUCGUCGCUGGUGCAUCGAGAACAAGACCGUCACAAUGCCCAUGAACGUCAUCAUGGUGGAAAUCACGCUGGGCGGCUCGAAUGCACCCAUCUGCCACGGCGCCGGUCGCCGCCACCAGACCCUCAGCGACCUCGUCCGUCGCAUCGAGUACGUCGACUGCCACGGAGAACCGCAGGAAGUCAGCAAGCCGGAGCACCUCCGGGCCGCGAGCGGCUGCUUCGGACUGAUGGGCGUCGUCACGCACAUCACUCUUGAAAUGUCGCCCAUGACCUACGCACGCCUCAAGCCAAAAAAGGUCUCCGUCGCUCUUGCCGUUCCUCCGCCCUCAGACCUCGACCUCUCUCAACUCCCUGCUACGCUCGCCGACCCCUGGCGCAAGCUGACCGAGAGAGAGAGGCGGGGAUACCAGGAGAUCUUUGAGGACCGCGCAACAAACGACUUUUACUCUGAGUGGUUCUGGUUCCCCUACUCGGACAAAGUCUGGGUCAACUGCUAUAACGACACAACAGACAGCGCCGGCGUCGUAAACUUCCCCGGCGACGCCCACAUCUUCCUCUCCUUCGUGCAAACCUUCACGAUGAACGUGCUCCGAAACAAGACGCUUCUCGACAAGCUCGUCGACCAAGUCUGCUUCACCGAGGCGGCUGUCACGCUCAUCUCCCGCUUCGCCAUGUGGGCUCUCCCGGACAAGCAGGUCACCACCUACGUCCCCGACGCGCUGCACUUCCAGCGCGCGAUCCAGAAUGUCCGCGUCCGCGACAUGGAGGUCGAUAUACCGCUCGUAGCCAAGGGCGGCAAGACGUUUGGACCGGAUGAGGCUGUGGAGAUUGACUAUGCCCCUGUCCAGCGGGCCUGGUGGGAUGCGAUCCUCACUGCCUACACGAAAGAGAACCGGCAAAAGUGCCCCAUGCGCAUGCCGUUGGAGAUGCGGAUCAUGGGAGGAAGUAACGUCGUUAUGGCGCCUCAGCGCGGCAACGAGCUUGGUACAUGUUCGAUUGAGGUUCUUACCCUACACGCGGCCUCGGAUAUCUGGGUGCCGUUCGCUCAGCAGGUUCUGGACAAGUGGAUGGCGCUCAAGGACCUCAAUACUCAGCAGUUGUUGAAGACACGGCCUCACUGGGCAAAGGAGUGGAAGGAAUUCAGCGUCAACUGCAGGCCGUGGCUUGAGAAGAUGAAGAACGAGGACUACAUGGCUGAAAUUAAAGAGUUCCUAGGCAUCAUGGCGGAUAUUGGCAAGGAGGCUGGGUGGACUCUGGAGGAUCUGAAGACUCGGUUCUCGAACAACUUGUUUGAUGAUAUCUUCUUCAGCAACCCCCCGCAGAAGAAGACGAGCGUCAUCAAUGUUCGGGCAACUACAAAGGAGAUCAAGCUUGAGUCUGGAGAGGACUUGGUUUAUUUGUAG